AUGUCAAUCCCUCAACCGAACUUUGAGGUCAUUAAGGCUCCAGAGCUGACCAGCUGGGAGCACGCUGCUCUGAUUGAGUGGCAUCGUGAGUGGGAGCGUUACGACAAUGUUGCUGCAACUGUCAAGGGCUCGGUGAGACGGCAGACGCUUAAUAACCUGGCUAAGUACGUACCCAAGAAGCCUAUUGCAUCGGUAACCGACGCGGACAUCAUGAGUGUUGUCGAAGCACGCUGUCGUACACUCAAAAACGAGUUCGUUCCUGACGUCUCGUCGCUGUUCCGUGCGAACCUAAGGAUGAACAUGACAAUUGAUGACUGCGACGCACGCAUCUUCCGCUACUAUGAAUAUUUUUAUCGGGAUUCGGACGCAGGCUACAAGAGUAGAAUGAAGGCCCGUUGCCGACUACUGGUUGAAAACUUGCAACCCCCAGUCCUCAAGGCUCAGAUCGGUCGCCUUAUCGAUUUAGAGAGGCGUGACUGCAAAUCUGAUGAUGUCGCCCUUUUCGACCUGAUUCUGGAGCAUGUAAAGAUACAACAGCGGUUUCAUCCAAUUUCACAGGAUUAUGCGGGAAAGCAGGAUUCUAAAACUAUCAAGCCAGAAAAGAAACCACGACGUGGUGCUCCGACCAAGCCCACGUCAGCACCCUCGCCGGCGCCCACGACGACCACUACUGCGACGGGACCUUGCCCUACGCGCUCUCCCCCUCGUGAUGGCUGUCUAGGCCGUGAAGAAGUUUCGCGCGGCUAA